AUGUCCUCUUGUGAGGGUCGAUCAACCUCCGAAACAAAUUUCACAAGCACUGAACGAACCUGCAUUUAUCGGACAGAACUGCCUCCAGAAUCAGUUGUGAUUCUCUCCAUCGUCUCUGCUUUAGCGAGUGUCUCUGGCUCCUUGGGAAAUGCUUUAGUUAUGAUCGCCGUCUUCAAAUCUCAAACUCUCCGUAGCAUCCCCGACUACAUCAUAUCAAGCUUGGCAUUUUCAGAUUUUACAGUCUGUUUUAUAUUUUUACCAUUGUCCAUCUUUGAAUUCAAUCACUAUACAAGCCAGAUUACGCAACAGAACUCCGCGUUUUUUAUUGUAAAGAACUUUAUUGGACACUGCUCCUGGAUUGCUUCGGUUACAAACAUGUUCAUAGUAACAAUUGAUCGUUUUUUUGCUAUACGAUUUCCACUCGAAUACGCUACUUUUGCGUCAUCAAAACCUGCCAUAUCCGCCAUAACGAUUGUAUGGUUCAUUUCUCUGACUUUCGGAGCAGUUUACUCCCGGGAUAUCGGAGUUCAAUCAAGAUUCAUCAUACUUUCUUACUGCAUAAUACUGAUGUUGUGUACAUGGGCUAUGUAUGUAUACAUUUUUUACACCGCCAAGCGACAAGAAAAGAGAGUUCAGACUAUGAGUCCAUCCACAGAGUCACAUGUCUCUGCUGAGCAACAAAAAGCCGAGAAAAAAGCAACCAAGACCAUUUUCACUGUUGUUGGAAUUUAUGCUUUGUGUUGGUUGCCGCUAUUACUUCUUCCGAUCAUUGUCAAUCCUUCCAAGAAGGAAUUGUUGUUUAAGCGAUGUUUUCGUUGGGUUCAGACUGUGCUGUCGUGUAAUUCUGCUCUCAAUCCGUACGUUUACUGCUUCAGAAGUCAGAGAUACCGCAAACAUUUUUUAAAUUUCUUGGGAGUAAGGUACUUUAAAAAU